AUGGGUUUGCCUCUUGAUCAAGUGGAAGAAUUGCGUCUCUACCAGCAAACUCUUCUUCAGGAUGGACUCAAAGACAUGUUGGACCACAAUAAGUUUCUGGACUGUGUCUUAAAAGUCAAAGGGAAGGAGUUUCCCUGCCACCGCUUGGUGCUGGCAGCUUGCAGCCCCUAUUUUCGAGCAAUGUUCCUCUCAGACAUGGAAGAAAGCAAGAAGAGGGAGGUCAGUUUGGAAGACGUUGAUCCAGAUGUCAUGGGCAAGAUCCUCCAUUAUAUCUACACCUCUGAGCUGGAGAUCACAGAGCAGAAUGUGCAGGACAUCUUCUCUGUGGCCAACAUGUUCCAGAUUCCCUCCAUCUUCACCGUGUGCGUGUCCUUCUUGCAGAAGCGGCUCUGCCUCAGCAACUGCCUGGCUAUCUUCAGGCUGGGACUGAUGCUGGAUUGUGCCCGUCUGGCUGUGGCAGCUCGGGAUUUCAUUUGUGAUCGCUUUGCACUGGUCUCACGGGAUGAGGAAUUCUACCAGCUCUCCCCCGAUGAGCUUAUUGCCAUCAUCUCCAGUGACUCCCUCAACAUCGAGAAAGAGGAGACUGUCUUUGAAGUAGUGAUGAAGUGGGUGGGGACCAAGGACCGUGAGAGCCGGCAGAAGGCCUUGCCUGUCAUCUUUGAAAGCAUUCGCUUCCGCCUCAUGCCCAACGACUACAUCAAGGACCACGUGGAGAAGCAUGCCAUGGUGAAGUCCAGCCCAGAGCUCCUCAAGAAACUGCAGAUGGUGAAGGAUGCCCAGAAAGGCAAAAUCACUGUGCUGAAGAAGAAGAAAGUGAAGAAAAACAGUGAAAAUCAAGCAAAAGACAAUAUUGUCAAUGGAGCAGUAGAUGAGGAGGAAGAUACAGAGGAGGAUGUUCUCCCAGGAAUCUUAAAUGACACAAUGCGCUUUGGGAUGUUCCUCCAGGACCUUAUUUUCAUGGUGAGUGACAGUGGAGCAGUGGCCUAUGAUCCCAAUGCCAACGAGUGCUAUUUUGCCUCCCUGUCUACUCAAAUCCCAAAGAACCACAUCAGUCUGGUGACCAAAGAGAAUCAGAUCUUCAUUGUUGGAGGACUAUACUACAAUGAGGACAGCAAAGAGGAUCCCAUGAGUUCCUACUUCCUACAGUAUGACCAUCUGGACGCAGACUGGCUGGGGAUGCCCCCCCUGCCCUCCCCUCGCUGCCUCUUCGGCCUGGGAGAGGCAGAAAACUCUAUUUUUGUGGUUGGAGGGAAAGAACUGAAAGAGGGAGAGAAGACCUUGGAUUCAGUCCUGUGCUAUGAUCGACUGUCCUUCAAGUGGGGUGAAGCUGAUCCCCUUCCCUAUGCAGUCUAUGGCCAUGCAGUGGUAUCACACAAGGAUCUAGUCUAUGUCAUCGGUGGCAAAGGAAGUGACAAGAAGUGUAUGAAGAAGAUGUGUGUCUACAAUCCAUCCAAGUUUGAGUGGAAGGAGAUGGCUCCCAUGAAAACUGCCCGCUCCUUGUUCGGAGCCACUGUGCACAAGGACAAAAUCUAUGUGGCUGCUGGUGUGACCGACUCUGGUUUGACCAACUCGGUGGAAGUCUAUGACAUUGCCACCAACAAGUGGGACACCUUCACUGAGUUCCCCCAGGAGCGCAGCUCAGUCAGCCUCGUGAGCUUGUCUGGAGUGCUCUACCUGCUAGGAGGGUUUGCCACAGUGGAGACAGAAUCUGGAGAGCUGGUGCCAACAGAGCUGAAUGAUGUUUGGAGAUAUGAUGAAGAGCAGAAGAAGUGGGAAGGAGUCCUCCGGGAGAUCCAGUAUGCCUCCGGAGCCACUUUCCUUCCUGUGCGCCUCAAUGUUUUGCGCCUAACGAAGAUGUAG